AUAGAAAGGAUUAGUUUUGGGAGCCUAUUCAAACGAAAACAAUGGAGUAUCGCUAACUCCAGUAGCUGCGAAAUAUAAUGAAUUAUCUGGAGGCAAAUUAUUGGAACAAAUUAAACUGUCGGUAGUGAUUUAAAUAAUCAUACAGUCGUCGCAUCACAACGAUGGCAUCUAGUCGCGAUGGUAGAAGUAGUUCUGCUUCCUCUCACAGUGGUUCCAACAUACCCCCAAAUCGUUCAUCAAUACGUACCCCAAAACGGCCACGUCCCACUGCGAGUGGAACAUUCGACGAGAAAAACUCAGACUUUUUAUGUCCUAUAUGUUUUAAUCUCAUCGAAGAGGCACACGUCACUAAAUGCGGUCAUACUUACUGCUAUAAUUGUAUAAUUAAAUCAAUAGAAGCGAUAAAACGGUGUCCCAAAUGUAACUCAUCAUUGUCUGUUGAUGAAAUUUUUCCAAAUUUUCUAUUGAACGACGUUAUUAAAAAACAUAAAUUGCGCGUGAACGGUUACGAAGCUCUCGGUUUAACAAGGGACAGUUCGGGAGAGUUCGCUAAUACAGCUGAGGGUUUACGAGAUUUCGUUGCGAGUGAAUCACAGAAUCUAACGUUGCCAGACGUCAAUGUCAUGCUAGAAGUCCUAACACAACGUAAACAACUUUUAGAAGCGGAAUCAUGUGCUGCUCAAAACAAACUAUUAUUAGAAUUUCUUAAACACCUACUUUCUCAAAAACGGGAAAGACAAACACAAAUUGCUAAGGAAAUAGCCCUUAUAGAAAGAGAUAUAGAGGAAGUUGGUAAAAAAAUAAGUGAAGUGCACAGUAAAUGUCCAACUCUCGAAGAAGUCGAACGUACAGCAGCAGGAGCGUCUGAAACGGACGCUUCUACGGUUAAUGCCAUGAAAAAAGAGAUGAUCGAAAUAAUUGAUAACAUUGGACGUAAAGAAGAGGAUACUCCGUCACGUUCAAAUGCUUCUCUAGCAAUGCGACGUAGGCGUAUGCACGCCUACUUUGAUGAUUUCGUCGAAUGUUAUUUUUCUCAUCGUUCUAAAGAAGUAUUUUUCGGAAAGGAUGCCCUUGAUAAAAAUACUAAACCAGCCGCCGAAUUGAAUGUAGGACUAGACCAAUUUCGAGAGAGUUUGAUUAAAUUUUCAACUUACAACUCUUUACGUGUCCUUUCUACACUCAACUAUUCCAGUGAUCUAUUUAAUAAUUCAACUAUAGUGUCCAGCAUUGAAUUUGAUAAGGAUAAUGAAUUUUUCGCAAUUGCUGGUGUUACUAAACGUAUUAAGGUAUUCGAUUAUGGUGCAGUCAUCAAAGAUAUAGUUAAUGUUCACUACCCUUGUAUCGAAAUGAUUUCAAGAUCGAAAAUAUCUUGUGUCAGCUGGCAUACAUACCAUAAAAGUACUCUGGCUUCCAGUGAUUAUGAAGGAACUGUUACGAUAUGGGACGCAUCGACAGGACAAAGAACAAAAACGUUCCAAGAACACGAGAAACGUUGUUGGAGUGUAGAUUUCAAUUGUGUAGAUACUAGAUUAAUAGCAUCCGGAUCGGAUGAUGCUAGAGUUAAAUUGUAUUCGUUGAACGAGGAACAUUCUAUUGCUACUUUAGAAGCAAAAGCGAACGUUUGUUGUGUUAAAUUCAAUCCGAAAAGUUCAUCGCAUUUAGCAUUUGGCAGCGCUGAUCACUGUGUUCACUAUUAUGAUUUAAGAAAUAUGAAAGAGGCUGUAAACAUAUUUAAAGGACACAAAAAAGCAGUAAGCUACGUUAAGUUUUUGAAUAGUGAAGAGAUAGUUAGUGCAUCUACAGAUUCACAAUUGAAAAUGUGGAGUAUAAAUAGUCCGUACUGUUUGAGAUCGUUCAUUGGUCAUGUUAAUGAAAAGAACUUUGUAGGAUUAGCUACUGACGGGGAUUAUGUAGCAUGCGGUUCAGAAAAUAACGCCCUUUAUAUAUAUUAUAAAGGAUUGAGUAAAAAAUUGUUUAAUUAUAAGUUUGAAGCUGUUGAGGGGGUUUUGGAACAAGAAAGGAGAGAAGACGAUAUGAAUGAAUUUGUAUCGGCUGUUUGUUGGAAACAAAAUUCGAAUGUUGUGGUUGCAGCUAAUAGUAGAGGAAUCAUUAAUAUAUUGGAGUUGGUGUAAUUCUGUUGAUUUUUUUUUGUUAUUUUUUAUUGUAUCAAAUUGUUAAUAAUGGAAAGCAUCAUGUGUAGAAAUUGACGUAUAUUAAUUUUUGUAAAAAGGAUAUUCGAGCAAAACUAAAAUUAAAUCUACUACAUUGCAAUAUCCAUAUUCUAUAAUAUUUUGUCCAAAUAUACCUUAAAGGGUAUAAUUUUUGUUUAUUCAGAUAAGUACUAAUUAUUAAAUUAUGUGUGUAUAUUAUAUGCAGACCAUUUGGA